CGAAACUAUUGAUCCUUAACCUACUGUCAACCAUAACUAAUUCAUUUUAAGACGUUUCAAUACAUUAGCAGUGGCAAUACAAUUACCAACAAUUUUAAAAGGUGUAUAGUAAUGCCCGAAAAUGACCAAACACCCUUACUAUAUGACGCCGACGUCAUACCCAUACCUAAUAUUGAAUCUAAUUCCCUAUCGAAAGAAACUCAGAAAUCAUCAUGGAUAUUUUACGUUUCAGCAUUUGCAGCGGAUUUGCUGCUUUUAAGCGUGGGAAGCUUAAAUGUUUUUCCAUCGGUGGUUUUUCCCAUACUAAAAAACAACAACACAGACAUAAACCCAUUUGGAGAACCGAUGACACCCAUUGAAGAGUCUAUAAUAAUGUCGGUGUCAGGUAUAUCUGCCCUGAUAAGUUUUCUAUUAAUGGCAAAAAUAUCAGACAAGAUUGGUAGAAAAUGGAGUAUGGUAGGCCUCGGAGUAUCAUUGGUUGGGUCUUUUACCGCCUUAGCCUUUGGAACGCAUGUUUAUAUUUAUAUGUUAGCUUAUUUCUUAAACGGCUUCUUUUCAGCUGGUAUUAUGAUAAAUGUUUCGAUAUACAACAGCGAAAUUUCUAAAGAAGACAACAGAGCUUGGAUUGGUUGCAUAGUAGGUUUGUCCAUGCCAGCUGGGAAUCUCUAUGGUUAUAUUUUCGGUGCAAUUAUCAAUGAUAAUGUCAAGCUGAUUUGCUUAAUAUGCGCGUUGCCCUGUGUACUACAUCUAUUGUUAGCCUAUUACCUUAUUGAAUCUCCAACGUAUUUAACCUCAAAAUGGAGAAAAGUAGAAGCAUUGAAAGCUUUAAGCAAAUUAAGAAGAUAUACAAACUACAGUGAUAUUGAAAAGGAAUAUCAGUCAAUAGAGGAUUUCAGCUUUACCGGUAAUGACAUUAGAAAAGUGACACUAUUUAGCUUAUUUAAAACGCGUGUUUCAAGGAAAGCUUUACUGAUUGGAAUAUUGUUAUUCGCUGCACAACAAUUAUCUGGAAGUCCAAUUAUCAUUGCAUACUUAGUUCCAAUUUUUAACGAUGCCGGUACGCUGUUAUCUGGAAACAUCAUCAGUAUUAUAUACGGAUCAUUACAACUUGGUGUGUGUAUACUAGCCACAUUUAUAGUAAACUGGUUUGGAAGAAAACCUCUAAUAUUGAUUUCCACACUAGGAUGUGCCAUUUCAAUCCUGUUCUUGGGUGCUUAUUUUUAUAUAAAAGACAACAACAUCGCACCUAUACAAGAUAUACGUUUGCUACCCCUUGCAUGUAUCGUUUUGUUCUGCAUAUCAUAUGGUAUUGCUUUGGGACCCAUUCCCAUGGUUUUAAUAGGAGAAUUAUUUCGUAAUGAACAGAGAGCAAUGGGGGUGGCUAUUAUUACUAUUGUUUUCUGUUUAGUGUCUACUGGCAAUACUUUUAGUUAUCCCCAAUUGAAGGUACUUGCUGGAGAGUAUCUGAGCCUGGUGUUGUAUGGAUUAAUAACAUUUGUAGCAUUAUUUUUAUUAUUUAAGUACUUGCCUGAAACGAAGGGAAAAAGUUUUGUAGAAAUUCAAGAAAUUCUUAGUAAAUAAGUUUUAUUUGUGAUAUUUUGAAACAUUUUAUACAAAAUAAUUAUUUAUAGGAAAUAUAGAAAAUAUGUUGUAAUAAAAUACAAUAUUUUAAGAU